CAUGAUUGUUCAUUGCUUUCUUCGAAGUUGACUGGUUACCUUCAUAUAUUAAGCAUGCCAAGAUGCGAUUCAACAAUUUUGUUCCUAGCUUGAUUUUUAUGCUAUGUCUUGAUCACAUCAUAUAAUUAGAUGAUAUUCAAUAGGACACUCCGUUGUCCCCACAUCGAACAUUUUAUAAUCAUAUUGCCAACCCUAAAAGGACACCAAACAAGUUGAAAAGUCCAGAGAUUUUACCCAAUUACCUCCACGGCUCUUCAAACCUCUACUAGUAACUCUUCCUGUCUUGUAUAAACAAAUUUUAUGGGCUAUAGUGUCUCUUGGUCCAGAUAGUCGGAGGAGUAACGUUGGAGUCAACAUUCUUCCAUGAAAGAAAUUCAGUAAUGUACCUUUUCAUUUCUUUCCUUUCCUCUCCUCCGUUAUCGCCUACGCGUUAGGACACUCGAAGCUGAAUUUCCGAAAAUGUCGAUUCCGACUCAUCGACCGUUACCCAAUGAGUCAUGGGAUUGCACACUACCAGGCCCACCCAGUCGCAACAACUUCGGAUCUGCUGAUCUAAAUCCCUCCGGUCUCCUCGCAUUCGCCUCCGGCUCCUCCGUUUCCGUAGUUGACUCCCGUUCCCUCCAGCUCGUUGCCACCAUUCCCCUUCCUCCUUCCUCUUCUCUCUCCCCUUUCGUCACUUCCGUACGGUGGACCCCUCUCCCUCUUGGUCGGGACCUUCUCUCUACAGAACCUUCCUCUUCGCAUCUCAUCCUAGCCGCCGCCGACCGCCACGGCCGUAUUGCUCUCCUCGAUUUCCGCCUCCGUUCUCUCAUCCUCUCCAUUGAUCCUCCCGAUCCUUCCUCUAAAUCCGGUAUCCAAGACCUUUGUUGGGUACAGGCCCGCUCCGAUUGUUUCCACCUUGCUUCUAUCUCUGGCCCUUCUUAUUUUUCCCUUUACAACACUUCCUCUUCUCGAUGCAUCUUCAAAUACGACGCUUCACCCGAAUAUCUAUCCUGUAUCCGCCGUGAUCCUUUCGACUCCCGCCAUUUGUGUAUAGUUGGACUCAAAGGGUUUCUUCUUUCGGUCAAAGUUUUGGGAGAAAAAGAUGAUGAUGUUACCCUCAAAGAACUCCGGAUUCGAACUGAUUGUACCGAGUUUCUUAAGCUUGAAAAGGAUGCUGCCGGUGCUGCUGGAGGAACUUCUUCUUCUCCUGCUUCUGCUGUUUUCCCGCUAUAUGCGGUGCGUUUGGCGUUUUCUCCGCUUUGGAAAAACGUCAUUUACGUGACGUUUCCUAGGGAGCUGGUGGUUUUCGAUUUGAAAUAUGAAACAACGCUUUUCUCUGCCCCAUUGCCGCGCGGGUGCGCCAAGUUUCUUGAUGUUUUGCCUGAUCCAAAUCAGGAGUUGGCUUAUUGUACCCACCUUGAUGGGAAGAUCAGCAUCUGGCGAAGGAAAGAAGGAGAACAGGUACAUGUAAUGUGCACAAUGGAGGAGUUGAUGCCAUCCCUUGGCUCACCUGUCCCUUCACCAUCAGUUCUUGCAGUCCUUGUCAGCCAAUCAGAGUCAACGCUUCAAAAUAUUAGCAAACUUUAUUCAGAUUCAUCAAAUGGUGCAUCUGAUGUGGAUUCUGAUAAUCCUUUUGAAUUUUGUGAUGAUACUCUUCUUGUUGCUAAGACGCGCUUGUUUUCCAUCUCUGAUGAUGGCAAACUAUGGAGCUGGAUCUUGACUGCUGAAGGGGAAGGAGUUAUGCAGAAGGAUGCUGGAAUUUCUGGAAAUAUUGCUAAUCUAUCUCUUGAUUCAACAAAUACCACCACCAUAGUGUCUACUAAGGAUGGACUUGCUGCAGAAGGCAGUGGGCAGCUGGACAACAUAAAUGGUAGUCAAACUCAGCUACCAAACUCUACUUUUGGCUUUGCAGAUGUGACAUUUAAGAUUAGCUUAGUUGGACAGCUUCAGGUUCUUUCUUCAACGGUGACCAUGCUGGCAGUACCAUCUCCUUCUUUAACAGCUACUAUGUCUCGUGGGGGAGAUAAUCCUGCAAUAACAGUUCCACUAGUUGCUUUGGGUAGUCAAAGUGGGACAAUUGAUGUCAUUGAUGUCUCUGCCAACGCUGUUGCAUCCAGUUUUUCAGUUCAUAAUAGUAUGGUGAGGGGCUUACGAUGGCUUGGUAAUUCAAGACUGGUUUCGUUUUCAUACACACAGGUGAAUGAGAAAACUGGAGGCUACAUUAACAGACUUGUUGUGACUUGUCUAAGAAGUGGGCUUAACAGAACUUUUCGGGUCUUACAAAAGCCAGAACGUGCACCUAUAAGAGCUUUAAGGACUUCUUCAUCUGGAAGGUAUCUUCUGAUUUUAUUUCGUGAUGCACCUGUUGAGGUUUGGGCUAUGACAAAAAAUCCAAUUAUGCUUAGAUCAUUAGCUCUUCCAUUCACGGUAAUGGAAUGGACUCUUCCAACAGUUCCCAGACCAGUUCAAAAAGGUCCUUCGAGGGAAUCAUCAUUAUCCCAUAAAGAUAAUAAAGCUGUGGCACCAGAAGUGGCAACCUCAACCACAAUUGCAUCUUCAUCGGAUUCAAAAGCAGGGAACUCUGAUAAUUUGCAAGAUGAGAUUUCUGAGAGUUUUGCAUUUGCCUUAGUUAAUGGUGCACUCGGAGUCUUUGAGGUUCAUGGCCGGAGGAUCCGAGACUUCAGACCCAAAUGGCCUUCUUCUUCAUUUGUUUCAUCUGAUGGAUUGAUUACAGCCAUGGCCUACCGCUUGCCUCAUGUUGUCAUGGGAGACAGGUCAGGUAACAUAAGGUGGUGGGAUGUAACUACUGGCCAGUCUUCCUCUUUCAACACUUACAGAGAAGGAGUUCGAAGAAUAAAAUUCUCACCUGUUGUUGCUGGAGACCGUAGUCGGGGGCGUAUUGCUGUACUAUUUAAUGACAAUACAUUUUCGGUGUUUGAUCUUGAUUCACCAGACCCAUUGGCCAAUUCUCUUUUACAACCACAAUUUCCUGGAACCCUGGUAUUGGAAUUGGAUUGGUUGCACUUGCGGACCGACAAGAAUGAUCCAUUGGUUUUAUGCAUGGCAGGAGCUGAUAGUAGCUUUCGGCUUAUUGAGGUGAACAUAAAUGACAAGAAAAUGGGCCCUGGGGCACUGCCAAGAAAUAUAAAAGAGAGAUUUCGACCGAUGCCUUUAUGUUGUCCUGUAUUACUUCCUACACCCCAUGCUCUGGCACUACGGAUGAUCUUACAAUUGGGUGUGAAACCCUCUUGGUUUAAUACUACUGGUACAACUAUAGAUAAGAGGCCCCAUCUCGUUCCAGGAAUGGCUUCAUCUUCAGAAGACCUUCGCAGUUACCUGAUUGAAUUACCAUCUGUUGGUGAUUCUGUAGUCCCAGAAUUGCUCCUAAAAGUAUUAGAACCUUACCGUAAGGAAGGUUGCAUACUUGAUGAUGAAAGGGCUAGAUUGUAUGCUACCAUAGUCAAUAAGGGUUCUGCUGCAAGGUUUGCCUUUGCUGCUGCUACAUUUGGUGAGGUCUCAGAAGCACUUUUCUGGUUGCAAUUGCCUCGUGCUAUUAACCACUUGAUGAAUAAAUUAAUAAAUAAGUCCCCACAGAAAGCACCUAUUUCAGUGCCAAAUUCUGAUCUUGAUGACAAAUCUCUACUCAGUAGAAUUACAUCAAAGGAGAAAUCAACAUCAGAAACUGGGCAAAGGGAUGCAUUGACUCAAGGUCAACUUAGAUUAAUGGCUUUUGAGCAAGAAGACUUAUGGGAAAGUGCUAAUGAGCGUAUCCCUUGGCAUGAGAAAUUGGAAGGAGAGGAGGCAAUUCAGAACCAUGUGCAUGAGCUAAUCACAAUUGGAAACUUGGAAGGUGCUGUCAGUUUAUUGCUUUCUACUUCUCCAGAGAGUCCUUACUUCUACCCAAAUGCUCUACGUGCUGUUGCUCUUUCUUCUGCAGUGUCAAGAUCUCUUCUUGAGCUGGCAGUUAAGGUCGUUGCUGCAAACAUGGUCAGAACUGAUCGGUCACUAUCUGGCACUCAUCUGCUCUGUGCUGUUGGGAGGUAUCAGGAAGCUUGUUCACAGCUGCAAGAUGCUGGAUACUGGACUGAUGCUGCUACUUUAGCUGCUGCACAUUUAAAGGGAUCUGAUUAUGCAAGGGUGUUGCAAAGGUGGGCAGAGCAUGUCCUUCAUGCUGAACACAACAUUUGGAGGGCUCUUAUUUUAUUUGUUGCAGCUGGGGCAAUCCAGGAGGCAUUGGCAGCCCUCCGAGAGGCACAACAGCCAGACACAGCUGCUAUGUUCAUACUGGCUUGCCGUGAAAUUCACAUGCAAUUUAUCACUAAUUUAGGAGGUUCAGAGGAUGAAACCAAUGAUUCAGUGGUUGACUUGCCUGGUCUAAGCCCAGGAAAUGAUGAUGUAAUUGCAGUUGGUGAAUAUUUUGGGGAGUAUCAAAGGAAAUUGGUGCACCUAUGCAUGGACGCUCAACCAUUUUUAGAUUGAACCAGGGUAGGCCGAAGUAGUUUCGAAACAUAGCGUGGGGUAUUUUGUUGGAAAAGAACAUACCACCUGAGGCAAGCAGAAUGUUCAUCUCUCAGUCUCGUAUGCCCCAAAGAAUUUUUCUUGUAUCCCAAAUCUGGCACUCAGAGAAGGCAUGCCAAUUUGUUUUGGAAGCAGUAUCUAUGGUGGUGAAUACCAAUGAAGCUGGCUGUUGUAGAAACCGUCAAAUAUGUUGUAAGCUGAAUGUUGUACAAAACUUCUAUCCCUCAGGAGUGAGGGGAUGAAAUUUAUUGGCCAUAGAAGACAUUUGUUCGACUCAUAUUCUUUGAUUGUUAAUUGCUCACCGUGGCAUUUUCACUAUGAUAAAAAUAUACAUCUCCUAUAUUUGAUCAA